AUGAGAGGCGUAGUGGUAGUGUUGUGGGCCCUUUGGGCCUGCUCCUGGGCCGACAAGUGUGAGAAGAUCACCAUACCCAUGUGCCAGGAGCUUGGGUACAACUUGACCGUGAUGCCUAACUUUGUCGGACAUGAGGAUCAGCUGCAGGCGGAGCGUGGUCUGCAGGCAUUCAUGCCUCUGGUGCACUACAACUGCUCGCGACACCUCCGCUUCUUCCUGUGCUCGGUGUUUGCUCCGCUGUGCUCCGAGCAUGUCAUCGGAGCUAUCCCAUCAUGCCGGGGUCUCUGUGAGGAAGUGGAGGCUGACUGUCGUCCCGUCAUGGACACCUUCGCCUUCCCUUGGCCUGCGCUGUUCAACUGCUCAAGGUUUCCUGUCCCGGAGAGAAACGGGCUAUGCAUGCAGUUCCCUAAUGUCAGUGAGGAGAAGGGAGCAAAGGGAGGUUGGCCAGAGUCUACUUCCGGAGUGGUCCCUCCCCAUCAUCAGUGUCCCCCGGACUUCACCCGGACCCGGGAACCCACCUCUGUGACAUGUAGUCCCAAGUGUGGCCGGGAUGCUUACUACCGCCAUGAGGACAAGCUGUUUGCCGAGCGCUGGAUGACAGGCUGGGCCUGGUUGUGUUUUGUCUCUACUCUCUUCACUCUUUUGACAUUCUGGGUGGAGCCUGCGAGGUUUCGGUACCCAGAACGUCCUGUUGUGUUUCUGGCUCUCUGCUACAACGCAACGUCUCUCGUGUACAUCAUCAGAGGCUCCGUGGGUCCCGAGGCCUUCACCUGCACCUCGGCUACAGAUGGGUACGACGGCUAUGUAGCCGUGGACGGUCUGGAGACUGCUCCGUGUACUGUGGUGUUCCUGCUGCUCUACUACUGCGGACUGUCUGCUAGUGUUUGGUGGGUUGUGUUGGCAACAUCCUGGUACCUCUCAGCAGCCAAGAAGUGGAGCAGUGAGGCUGUACAUGGUCUAGCCUCGUACUUCCACGUGGCCGCGUGGGCAUUCCCCGCAGUCCUGGCACUCCUCGCCCUCGCACUACAUCGCGUCUCCGCUGACGAGCUUACCGGGCUGUGUCAGGUGGAUGAGUCGUCCUCCAUCACGUUCCUGGUGAUCCCCCACGGCAUCAUGUUGGGUCUCGGCUGCAUCGUGGCGUGUCUCGGCGCAGCAGCUUUGGUCAGAGUGAGAACUGAGUUAAGACAAGCGGGAGGAAGUACGGCGAAACUAGAGCGCCUAAUGACUCGGCUGGCUGUGUUCACAGCGUUGUAUGUUCUCCCCGCCUUGGCAGCACUGGCAUGUCUAGUGUACGAGGCACGGCAUCGCCCCAAGUGGCGUACUCUGGCGCUACUCUCAGCUCUGGACUGCAGUGCCUCCCCCAGCUGUGCCCCGGGGCCCUCCUACCACUGGGCUGGAGUGGAAGUUGUGCUUCUACGAGUGUUCCUGUCUCUAGUUGUGGGAGUCACAUCCGGGAUGUGGGUGUGGUCCGGGAAAACCUGUAGAUCUUGGAGCAGAUUGUUCACAGCUCCGAGGAAAGCUCGGCCUGUCCCCAUCACAAGGGUCUGAUUUUGUAAACAAUGUAAAUAUUGUAAUAUAGUGUACAUAGUUGUGGAUACUGUAUAGUUUAUCUUGUUAGUAUAGUUAUUGUAAUUAAAUAGAACAGACUGAUUUAUAGAGGAACUUUUAGGAAUUUAUAAAAUUGUACAUCAUAACUAACUAAUUAUUAACCCUUGUAAAAAUUUGUAUUUUGUACAUUUAUUAUGUCACUAUCCAAAAGUAAUAUCAAAGGUUACAAUUCGAAGCUCAUAACUAAUUGAGCACCAGUAAUUAUAUUAAAUUAUUAUUUUUUAAUCAUUGAAAAAGUUUGUCUGAGGAUUUAAUAUUCCAACAUUGUAUUGUGGAGAUUGCUCAAAGCUAAACCACAUGUAAAUAUUACAUUCUAUGUGCCUUAAUACUUUAUAAUUUGAUACGCUUAUUAAUUUAGUGGUUGUAAAUAUUAAAGUGGUUUAAUAUAA